CUAAGCAAAUGUGACUCUGCUUUUAAGAUUGUCAUGAUUCAUUUCUUCUGAAAGCUGUUCUUAAGCAUUUAAAAGCAUUUUAAAUUACAAAUUAAUAUAUGUACUGCUUAUUCAAUAAUAUAUAGAAGCUCUCAUCAUUCUCUCUCUUUUAAUAUCUCCCCCAAACCUAAGUUUUACAAGCUUGUAUCCAAAUUUCUAUAUAGUCACCUUCCUGGUAAAUGUUUCAAAGAGGCUCUUAAUAUAUGUUUUAAUAUUCAUAACAUGAACUUUGUAUAUUAAUAAAGUUUUACAUCCUUUAAUAAUUAUACCCAUUAUCAAAUGCUUACUGUUGUGUUAACGAGUAAUAUACAAACCAUGCUAUAGAGAAGGCAUUACUUAGAACGAAAUGUAACCUGUCACUAACAAUAUGUAUACAAAUUGUUAAAUAGGAACCUAAUUUGCUGUGUAAACUUUCACCAAAGACACAAUAAAAUAUAUUCUUUAAUUAAAAAAAAAAAACGUAAAUAAAUAAAAGCCAGGUAUUACCAAGUGUCAUUACUUUUCAGCAUUUUGUCCUGCAAGUUUUCCAAAUAUAUCACCUAACCCAGGCUAACAAGUGAGGGUAUGUGUUUCAUUCUCCCUUAAAAGAUUAAAAAAGGAGGAAAACUACCUCUCUUCCUUGUUACUUUUCCUCCAGUUUCUUUGGCUACAUGUUAUAUAAUAAACAAAGCUAAACUAAACUAAGCUCUUAAUGGGCUAGGUGACUCUAAAGCAUGUAAUUCCUUGUAUCUGUAGCCAAAUUUAGACUAUUAGUGAAAACAUAACACACCUGAAGACUUGAUUAAAUUGAAAUUUGUCCCACUUUUGAGCAACAAACGAGUAUAAUAAACAUUCUAAGGUGAUUAUGCAAAAUACUUGAAAGAAAGCUGUAAGCACCUUCAAAGUUUUCAGAAUUACUCAUUGUAAUUAGUAUCCAAAUUACAAAAUCUUUUCAUCUACUUACUAAAAUCUAUCAUAAAGUCCUCCAAGAAGACAAACGGGUAUGUAACACAGCUUUCUUUCAGUAAUUAUUCAGUCUUUACACUAACUUAAUCGACUUUCCCUCAACUUAUCUAAAUUGAGUUAGGUAUUUGCUGACUAUCCAAACCUGUUAAGUGUGGUAUACUGAGGAGAAACAAACGGCUUUUAUCGUGCUUUUUUAUUCAGUAAACUAAACACAGGAACUCUAAACCAAAUGCAAUGUAUCAAGUCAUGCCCAGAAUAAAAAUAAAAAUAAUGGGUCACAACUUCAAAUUACAGCACUGCCUUGAAUAAAAAGUAUUUAUUUCUCACUGUGCAUAACGCAGCACUAUGAGUCACUAUGGUCUUCCGAACCUGCUGCUGGAAUAGCUUAUAUAUGAAUGUAUGCUAUGCGUACAUGUCGCAAACGGAGAUCCACCCAAUGAUUUCGACAGUAGAUACAACUUUGUACACUCUUAUCGGGUGACUUAAAACUGGGUAAAAGCCUUCAUAAGAAGCUUGAAAUUAAAAUUUUCGCCACGAAAAGAAGACGUGCAAAAGUUAUCUAAGCGUCACACUUGCUAGGGACACUUGAACGGGUAUGGCCAAGGUAACAGUCGAUCAAAAAAGUCCCAGGAAAACUGCGCAACAACCUGAAGGCGACGACUGAAAUUUAAGUUUUCUCCAUCCUCGUCCCACUCGGCUUUUCCGGGAGACUAGGUCCAGGGAGCCAUAACAGGCGUCUCCCGCGCGCAACACUUGCCGGGAACGCUGGGUUUAGGACAGGCACUUUGCCCAGCCACUUGUCCCUCUUCUAUUGCCCCUUCCCCUCCCUCCCUCAAGGCCGAGGACAGCGACGUCCUCCUCCUUCUUCUCCUCCUCUUUGGUUCCUCCAGCCAGGAGGCGGGAGUGACCCACAGCAGCUGACCCAGACCAAGCACUGCCUCUCCCACAGCCCACCGGAGCCACCAUGGGCCCAGAGGCAGGUUUGCAGCACAGCAGCGACGACGCAGGUGGCGGCCCCGGCGACUGUCAGCUACCUCCCUGACCGCCGCAACCAGUGCCCAACACCCCGAGAAGCCAGCGUCACUACCGGCAGGAGAAUCUAAGAGCCCCCAAACCACCUUCGCAAUCAGCUCAAGAUACGUAAACAACUAUGGCCGGCGAAGGGUGGUGGGUGGAGCCGGCGCGGGAAGGAUGGGGCGCGUACGUCACGCCCAGGGCCCCCCUUAGGGAGGGAAGGCCCCGGCUCGCUCCUCAAAAUGGCAGCGGCAGUAACGCGCCUGCGUACAGAACCCCUUCUCCAUGGCGCCAAAGUCGGCGGGAAGUGAGGUUCUCAGAGGAGCCGCCAGAAGUGUACGGCGACUUCGAGCCCCGGGUGGCCAAAGAAAGGUCCCCGGCAGGAAGACGAACCUCGCCAGGAGAGUUCCGGCUUGACUCUGCGACAGAGGAAGUGAAAGCAAGCGCCUACUACCUUCGGUCUCGGCAACGGAGGCAGCCGCGACCCCAGGAAGCCACGGAAAUGAAGACACGAAGGGCUGCCCCCCUACAGCAGCAGCACUCAGAGCAGUCUGUGCCACAGCCGUCUCCGGUUAUGACCAGGAGAGGGUUACGGAACUCUCAUUCCUCUGAAGAGGAUGAUCCAUCUUCGCAAACUGUCUUAAGCCAACCAGUCUCAAAGAAUACUGUCAGAACACCAGAGGUUCCAGUGGUGAGUGAAGACCCUGUAAUUAGCCUCUGUAGACCACCUCUAAGAAACUCAAGAUCUGAUUCAUCAUACAAAACAAAUGGAAAUUCUAAAAUGAGUGAAUUAGAAGCCGCCAGUGUCCAACAGAAGGCCAAUUUCUCUGAAGAAGGAGAAACUGAGGAAGACGAUCCAGACAGUUCUGAGAGUGAUGUUACUGCUGGUAAAUUCAGAUCCGGGGAUUCUGUUGAGUCUGGAGAUCAAACCAUCAGAUCAGCUAGUCAAUAUGCAGAAUCACUUUGGCAGUCAUCACGAAGUCGAGACUUCACAACAGCUCAUAAUAAGCAACCUUCAGUGCUGAGUUCAAGAUACCAAAAAAACCCUCAGGAGUGGGUUGAACAAACCCCAAGAAUUAGGAGUAGGAUGCGAAAUGACAACGUUCACGUUCAGAAAUCAGUACUUGGAAACCAAUCUCCGUCAACCUCCAGCCAACAAGUGGCUAGACAACCCAAAACUACAGGUUUUUUCCAGAAGUGGUGGUGGUCACUUCUACUGGUAGCUGCCGUUGCCAUUGGGAUUUUUUGGUCCAUUCAUACUCCUGAGGUAGAAACCACUGCUGUUAAAGAGUUCCAGAACCAGAUGAGACAACUUAAGAGUAAGUACCAAGGUCAGGAUGAGAAGCUGUGGCAAAGGAGCGAGACAUUCCUGGAAAAACAUCUUAAUAGCUCCCAUCCUCGGCCUCAGCCUGCCAUCUUGCUGCUCACUGCUGCCCGAGAUGCUGAAGAAGCACUGAAGUGUCUGAGUGAACAAAUUGCCGAUGCCUAUUCUUCCUUCCGUAGCGUCCGUGCCAUCCGGAUUGAUGGGACAGGCAAAGCUGCUCAAAACAGUGAUAUGGUCAAACUAGAGGUAGACCAGGAACUGAGCAAUGGAUUCAGAAAUGGCCAGAAUGCAGCUGUGGUGCACCGCUUCGAGUCACUGCCUGCAGGCUCUACUUUGAUCUUCUACAAGUAUUGUGACCAUGAGAAUGCAGCCUUCAAAGACGUAGCCUUAGUCCUAACUGUUUUGUUGGAGGAAGAGACGCUUGGAACCAGCCUAGGCCUAAAGGAAAUUGAAGAAAAAGUGAGAGAUUUCCUCAGAGUCAAGUUCACCAGCUCUGACACACCCAACUCCUACAAUCAUAUGGACCCAGACAAAUUGAGUGGGCUCUGGAGCCGGAUUUCUCACUUAGUCCUGCCUGUGCAGCCUGAAAAUGCCUUGAAAAGGGGCUUCUGUUUAUAAGGGGUGAGAGAAGAGAAAAUCAUGUCUCAAGUUCUGAGAAUGUUUCAGACUUUCUAACCAGAGACAGGAUUCAGAGCUCUUUUUGAAAGAACUAGUUUCUUUUUAAAGGAAGUUAAGUUCUUACGUAAACAUGGAACAUCUAAAUCAUUUAUUCAACAUUAAUUAUCUGUUACUUGAGAGAAUCACUUCACUAUUUCAACCAAGAGUUGUGUUAAGGGUAGCCUCCCAUAAAGGCUCUUUUUAGAUUCUGGGCUGAAUCAUUAUUGAUCGGGCAUGGCCAGUGGGAGGGAUUAAGCUCCUUUCCUAUGAAUCCUCCUAAUUCUUUAACUUGGAUUUUUCAUAAAGUUUGUUGAGUUAUUAGUAAGGCAGCUUCCUAAAUGCAACUGUGGGUUUUCCCAUCUUGUUCUUUUUUACAACAUUUAGGUAUGAGUUCCUUAGUAAGUCAUUGCUUAUAGGAACAAAAGUAAUGAACAGUCAUCUGGCUGUUUAUUUGGAUUUUUUUCCUUUGUUUUUGGCUAGUGGGGGAGAAGGAGGCAAGGGAAGAGAGAGAAGUUGUGGAAAGGCAAGGAAAAAGGUCUUUAAGAUGUUACAGUAAGCCACUGAGACUUAUUAGUCAGACAUAGGUAUAUAAUCUCUGUUACCUCAGUGAAGUGUGUUGGGACUUGUUUUUUACAUAUCCUUUAAGAAACUCUUGGUUUUCCCAAGGAUUUUUCAAGCAUGUGUAUCAUGAGGCUUAGUAUAUUUGCUCAUUUGAUUCAUAAGGGUGGGUAAAUACAGUUUAUUUGGCCAUAGCGUGAAGCUUUUGAAUAAGGAAAGAUAAUUUCAGGAAUUAGUAAACCAUUUGUUACCAGCUUUUCUGGGCUGUUGAAGAAGGAUUUAAUUUUCUCUGUGUCUGCUUGUUGUAGUCUGAGUCCUUUAAUGAUGCUCUAUAGCAAAUAUAAAGGUUUACUAUGCACGUGAUAAAUUUAAUUGAGUGCCUCCAGCCAAAAAGAAAAUGAACUUUACCGCAUAUGAAGAAUGUUAAAAUAUAUUUGUGUAUGAUAUAAUCUUUCAGUUGUAAUGUUGCAUCUAUAACUGAGCUUUCUCAUCUGUCAACUCCUUUGGCUUUCUUAGAAUCUUAUAAUUUAGAUACACUUCUUCCCCCACCCCCACAAACCUUUAAAUGAAAAUAUUGUUUUUUGAGUAUAGCGCCAGUCAUUGGCUUCAUCGUGUACCUCUUAAGGGUCCCACCACCUGUAAGUAGAGAGUGGUCCGGUUUCUUUCUACUAGGACUACUAGUAUUCAUAAAUUUUUACCCCUUAUUAUAAUUUGUUCCUGUCAAAAGUCAGAGUGUCUGAUUUAUUUUACAGAGGAUUCUAAAACAGGAGUUUGAAAAAAGCUUAUUUUAUACAAACAUAUGGAGAAACUAAGUUUUUAUUAAAUGUUUCACUGACCAAAAUAAUUUUAAAGUAACAUAUUAAUUAUAUCUUUCAGGAAAAAUAAGUCUAGCCACCAAUCUGUAAAUGACUUUAAAAGCUAUUUUAGUAAUUUAAAUAAAUUUGCUUUCUUGGUUUGUA